CACUACUUCAUCACCAACCAAGGCACCAAGCCAAAAAGCAAGCAAGGAGCUGCUCCCCUCUGAACCAGCAACUGAAGCAGCUUCCUCGUCUCAUCAUCGAGACCAGUAGUACAGUAAGCACAAUGGCGACUAAUCUCAAGUGGGCUCCUGUUCUGGCCCUUCUCCUCGUUGCUGCCAUGGUUGGCAGCACCAGUGCUGGCAAUAUCGCCGUGUACUGGGGCCAGAACGGCAACGAAGGCACCCUAGCGGACACCUGCAACUCCGGGCUGUACGCCUACGUCAUCCUGGCGUUCCUCACGACCUUCGGCAACGGACAGACCCCGGUCCUGAACCUCGCCGGGCACUGUGACCCGGGCUCCGGCGGCUGCACGGGCCUGAGCAGCGACAUCCAGACCUGCCAGUCGCAGGGCAUCAAGGUGCUCCUCUCCAUCGGCGGCGCCACCGGCAGCUACGGCCUGUCGUCCACCGACGACGCCAACAGCGUGGCCGACUACCUGUGGAACAGCUACCUGGGCGGCAGCGACGGCUCGACACGCCCGCUGGGCGCCGCCGUGCUCGACGGCGUCGACUUCGACAUCGAGAACGGGCAGUCGGCGCACUACGACGACCUGGCGACCGCGCUCAAGGGCAAAGGGAGCGUGCUGCUGUCGGCGGCGCCGCAGUGCCCGUACCCGGACGCGUCGCUGGGAGCCGCGCUGCAGACGGGGCAGUUCGACAACGUGUGGAUCCAGUUCUACAACAACCCCGGGUGCGCGUACGCCAACGGCGACGACACCAACCUGGUGAACGCCUGGAGCACGUGGACCAGCAGCGUCACGGCGGGGAGCUUCUACCUCGGCCUGCCGGCGUCGACCCAGGCCGCCGGCAGCGGGUACAUCGAACCCGGCACGCUGACGGGCACGGUGCUCCCCGCUAUCAAGGGCGUUGGCAAGUACGGCGGCAUCAUGGUGUGGAACCGCUUCUACGAUGUGCAGAACAACUACAGCGCCCAGGUGAAGGACAGCGUCUGAUGAGCAUACGAAGCCAGCAUAGGUAGCCAUACAUACAGUGGCUAUUCAUUCGUCAAGUUACUAUCGGACUAGAUAAAAUAAGAGCGCGCGUAUCAUACAGUUUGUGUUAUAUAUACCCAAUGAAUAAAACUUGACCUUGCAAUAUAAUA